AUGACAGAGACAUCGUUCACUAAGCCAACGAACGAUUCUCAAUUCCUUCGAAAUGAACCUGUUAAUUAUUCCAUCGGUAUUUCAAUCUUCCACUAGAAAUAUUUGAAAUUUUGAACUUUUGUUUUCGAAUAUUAUAAGAAUGGGAAUAAUGUUUUACAGAAAUUCGACAAAUGAUGCAUGGUUUCGGGGACAGCAGUGAACCGUUAAUUGAGUCUGCGAAAAUCAUAGAAGAAGUUGUUUUGCAACAAAUGAGGUCAAUAAUUAGGAAAGCUUGCGAGAUUUCUGAAAAACGAGGCAAUUCUAAGAAGACUGUCUGUAUCUCUGCCGAAGAUCUAAUCUUUUUACUACGCAAAAACAAAGUGAAGCUGCAACGUCUUUUAAAAUAUUUAGGCAAGCUCGAUGUGAUCAUUGAAAAAUUUGAAUUAAAAGAAUUUAAAUCCUCUAUACACAAGACGAUAGACAGUGAUUUACCCGAGGAUAUUACACAAAAUGAAAAUACUAAUGGAUCAAAGAAGAAAGGGCCAUUUCACAGUUUCCUCUCUCAAAUUAAUAAUACUGGUGAACUUUUUGAAGAUGCAUCUACUAUAGAUGAAAUCAAACAACAAAGAUGCAUUCGUGCUGAAAUUAUGACAAGAUCUAUGGAUGAAGCCAGAUAUUUGAAGUUUAGUAAAGCACGCAAUGCGUCAUUUGCAAAUAAAAAUAGACACAAAUUCAGCGAUUGGAUAGCACCAGACAGUAAGUCUACAACUGCAAUCUUGCGCUUAAGAAUAAUUUCUGUUAAAUAUAUUUUGACAUUGUAUCAUUUAGGUGAUAUAACAAUAACGAAACAAGCAUAUACGAUUUUGGGUUAUUUAGCAUAUGAGACAGUAGCACAAAUCAUAGAUUUUGCGUUGUUAAUAAGACAAGAUCAAAAUAAAAUAUAUGGCGAUGCUAUAGAUCGACUUAGAUUUAAUUAUGUCAAUCCAUAUACUUAUAAACCAUAUUAUCAUGGCAAGGUGGCAGUAACAAAACCAAUAACACCUGCAGAAAUAAUUGAAGCUCUCAGACGGUAUUGGUCACCUCAAUUAGACAUGACAGGCCCAUUUAAUCGUUGGUCCAUGAGAAAGUCACACUUGAAACUUUUAUCC